UUACACCUCUCUCUGAUACCAGAGACCAGAGACCAGAGACUUUCUCUCUCUAAAUCAUUUGUUUUUCUUGGAGAGAGAAACAAACCAGAGGCUGAAGGAGCUCAGCAAAUCCAUUCAGUAACAGUGAGAGAAGUACCUUCUCCCGCACGUGUGCGUAUCCUUAACAGUUGCCUUCAGUCAAUGAGACAGUUGCAGAACUCUCUCUCUAACCGAGUCUUUUUUACUUGGGUCCUAGAGAGAGAAAGUGAGUGGGUUCUAAUUGCACGUUGGGCUUUUUCCUGAUCGGAAUUUGAGAUGAAGAAAUAGAAAUCGCAGGAAUGUUUGAGGAAUUAGAGCUGUAAAUUUACAGAGAUAUAUAUGAGGAGCUGUACUUAAUUUAUGAAGGUUCUACAGAUAUAGGAAGUUUGAGAAUCCUUCUUCUUUAUUUGUAGUUGUGAUAGAGAGGGAAGAGCACACAUAUCCUCUUUUCUCUCUCUCUCUAACAACGCGCCCCCAAAUCAAGCACCAUAGAGAAUCUCAGCCUCGCGAACCGGUGGUGGGCCGGGCAUGGCCACAUGCCCGGAGUCGACCCACCACCGCCUCCGCCACUCCACCUCCAACAACACCACUCCCCUCCCUCUCCCUCAUCUGGAAACCCCUCGAAUAACAACGCCAACCUCUCUCGCCUGAAACGCGAGCGCAUCGACCCCGCCAGCAACAACAACAACAGCCUUUCGAAUGCUUCCCUGACGACCUCCUCUCCUCCUGAACAGGAUGACGACAACACCGGACAGGAGGGCGUUGAACCCCCUGGCCGCCGUCCCCGCGGCCGGCCCCCUGGAUCCAAGAACAAGCCCAAGCCCCCCAUUAUUAUAACCCGGGACAGCCCGAACGCCCUGCGCUCGCACGUCAUGGAGGUCGCUAGUGGCAGCGAUGUGGCAGAGAGUGUUGCGGCGUUCGCCCGCCGUCGGCAGCGCGGGGUGUGUGUGCUGAGUGGCAGCGGUGUCGUAGCCAAUGUCACCCUCCGCCAGCCCGCCGCCCCUGGCGCCAUCGUCACACUUCACGGACGCUUCGAAAUCCUGUCGCUCUCCGGAGCCUUCUUGCCCGGUCCUGCACCACCUGGUGCCACCGGGCUGACUGUGUACUUGGCCGGGGGCCAAGGCCAAGUAGUCGGGGGUUGUGUUGUUGGAGCUUUGGUGGCAUCAGGGCCAGUGAUGGUGGUGGCGGCGACUUUUGCAAAUGCAACAUACGAGAGGCUUCCAUUGGAAGAAGAAGCGGAGGCAGCAGCGGCAGGGCAGCUGCCCGCGGCAGCUCAGGGAUCAGGUGGGGGGAGUGGCGGAGGAGGGCAGCUGGCGGAUCCAAGUGCCUUGCCGAUAUACAAUUUGCCACCGAAUUUGAUGCCGAAUGGGGGACAGAUGGGGCACGAUUUGUAUGCGUGGGCUGGUGGCCGGCCACCAUACUGAGAAAGGAGAGAGAGAGAGAACCCUUGUGAACUUGGAGGAGAGAGGAAGCAACUUUUUUGGAAUGAGGGGACUGUGAAUGAAAUCAGGGAUAACCCAUUGUAGUAGAGCUCUUAUUAGAGAGAGAAAGCAACACUCGUCUCAGUCGAGCUUCUUCCCCCACCUAGAGAGAGAAAAUAACUUUGGUGGGUUUGACCGCUUGGUUCGACACUUACUGCCCCUCCCUCUUCUCGGAAAUUUAAAGCACUGAGCAGCGGCACGAACUAUUAGAACAUGGGCCAGGUUUUCUGGGCCGUUUUUGUCCAUUUUUGCUGCUCCAUCCCGUUUUCCGGGACUCUCUUUCUUUUUACUUUCUCUCUCUACUUCUUUCUCUCUCUUCUUUGUUUAUUUAACUUAUGUGGAUGAAUAUCAGUCAAAUAUUGUGGUCUUCUUUUGUCAGAUUUUUUACUUAUAUGAGAUAAAUCGUG